AUGGUGGCGGAGGUUGGAGUGGCGAAUAGCAAAGAGGGUGCUGUUCUUGAGAGGUCUCACACCUUCGUGAUUGAGAUCGAUCGCCAGGGCGCCCCAGAGCAAGAGCGGCUGAGAUGGAGAUGGCGCGAUAGCCUCGGCGACAACACCGCUGGCGUCGCCCAGGACUUGCUUUCCUUCUUGCAAAAGCACUUCCGGGCACCCGCCGGGAGCACGCCGACGACAACAGCGCCGGCUGGUGAGAGAGCCAGUGGGGACCAGCAAGAUGUCGACUUGUACUCGGUGGAAGUACACGACCCUGCGAGAGGAGGGUGGACACCGCUGUCAGUUUCAACGUCAUCCGAGACCAUUCCCAGAAACUGCAGGGUUCGCGUAAACAUCUUCGCAAAGCCACAAGCGACAACAACUCGCUGCCGACAAACAACAACUGAAGACCCUUCUUCUUCCAGUGACGGGAACAGCUGCAAGAACCUAUCGGCUUCGCUCCCUUCCGGGCCAGCGAGAAGAAAUGCAACCUUUGAUGGCACCGCUGUACCAGGGGCGGCCACCACAGUUGACGGAACCCCGCUGCCGGAAGAUGAGUCAAGCCUCGACCCCGUUGCACCUGGGGAAAUGUUGGCACUUCCAUGGAGGCGAUUUGAUAAAGACUUGGGGGGCGAGGGUGAAGAGGGAUUGAAGAUCUGCGGGAACCGAGUGGCGAUCAGGGACGUAUCCAACUCGAGCGAGGGCACCGGGCUGUUCACUUGGGAUGGCGCGGUGCUGCUAGCCAAGUACCUCGAACACCGAGCGGUGGCCAUGCGUCGCGACUUCUGCGAACAACAGCCCUGCCAUUCGACCCAGCCGUCUUACCGUCAUCCUGAGGGUGCCGGACACGGAAGCAGCGUCACUGUCGCAGCCGGCGAUUCUGCCGACGUCAACAUCAACAACAAUAGCAGCAGCGGCUGCAGGAGCAGCAACGGCAACAUCAGCAGCAGCAGCUGCAGCAGCAGCAAGAGUGUGAGGGCGGCACCUAUUCGCGUCUUAGAGCUCGGCUGUGGCACCGGUCUUGCGGGCCUUGCCGCGGCGUUUGCGUUUGGGAGACGGCACAGCGGUACAAGCGGAGACGACAACAGCGAAGUCAACCACCCCCCCCCCCCUUCCCCUUGUCGCCGGCGGAACCCUUUGGAAGGGGAAAACGACGAGGGCGUUGCCCAAUGUGCGUCGCCCCCGGCACAAGUGGCUGUUGUCCUGACGGACCUCGAGUACGCCCUGACCAAUGCGCGUGCGAACACCUUCCUGAACUCGUCGUCGCUUGAGGCCGUCGGCGCGGAGGUCAGCUCGAUAGAACUCGACUGGUGUCGUCCGCUGCCAAGGGAGCUGAGCGACAAGGAGGCGUUCGACCUCAUCCUGGCGGCCGACGUGGUCUGGCUUGACGACCUCGUCACCCCUCUCGUUCGCACCCUCGAGCGCCUUACGGCGGGGUGGCCUGGGGGUGGCGUCGACGCAUGGUCGGCGCCGCUUCCACCGGCCCCGGCAAACGGAACCCAAGAAGAGCGGCGGAAUGAGACUGGUUUGGCGGCCAGUUUCGGGAGCGGUGCCUCUCCUCAGGAGUGCGAACUCGGCGGUUGUGCUGCGAGGUCGGGCGGGCGGCCAAGACCACCGGCCGGACGGCGAGUGUUGUUGGCGUACCAGUGGAGGAGCGAGAGGACGGGGAGGGCGCUGCUGGAGGAGCUAGGUGCAUGUUUCUGUGUCCGGGAGAUACCAGCGGAGGAGUGCCACCCGGAUUAUUUGCCAUCGAGCAACCUGUGUUUGCUGGAGGCCGUGAGGCGCCAAGAGUAGCGAUCGUAGCGCGCGUCGA